AUGAAAGUCAGCAAAAGUCAGCACCUUUGCCAUUGUUCUUCUGUAUCAUCUUCUAGUCAGCAACUUCAAGAACAGGUGGCUGAUGGUGGCGAUGGUGGUGGGAAGGGUCAUUUUGGUAAUUUAGUACAAGGGUAUGGAUGGAAAGUGAGGAAGAUGGUUGAAGAGGAUCAUGAAAUGAGGAGUGUGGCCAAUAUUCAAGCUGAGGCUUUUUAUGAACCAGUUAUUUUAUUUAAUGACGUGUUCUUCCAGUUCUUUCAGGCGGAGGUUCUUGCAGGACUACUUUACAGAUUAAAAAAUUCACCACCUGAUAGAUACGCAUGUUUGGUUGCUGAAACGAUCACAAGUGAAAUUGAGGAUAGACAACAAUUAGUAGGAGUCGUGGAUGUAACGGUUUUCAGGGAUGAAUCAGUUCUUGGGUAUCUAUCCGGGGCAGAUGAAUAUCUUUACGUGUCAGGAAUAGCAGUGUUACGUGAUUUCAGACGCAAAAAAGUUGCAAGUAUAUUGCUCAAGGCAUGCGAAACGUUGGCUAAUAUUUGGGGAUACAAGUAUCUGGUGUUGAGAGCUUAUGAAGAUGAUUGGGGUGCUCGUAAAUUGUACACAAAUGCAGGGUAUAGAAUGGUGUCAGGUGACCCUUUAUGGACCUCAAGUUGGAUAGGAAGGAGGCGACGAGUUCUUUUGAUCAAACAAUGUAACACAACAUGAGAACAAUACCUAUAUAUCCUUGAUCACUUUAAUUUUUAAACCCUCCUUAAAAUCUUCGAUAAUAUGCUUUUCAAAGUUGAAAUUAUUAGUGCAUAUUAUUUUGUAUAUUGCUUAGGGGCUGUUUGGCAGGAUCUGAAUUUUUAAGAUCUGAAACUUUAAGAGGUCUGAAUUUCUAAG